AUGACUAAAGAAGAUUUGGUUUGUGAAGAACAUUUUAUAAAAACACAUUAUAGAGAGAAAAGUGGACGUUAUGUGGUACGUCUACCGUUCAAAGAGCCACCACCUGCCGUGAACGACACCUAUCAAGUAGCCGUAAGCAGAUUUAAAAGGGUUGAACGAGCUCUCAAAGGGCAACCAACUUUGUGGACUAUGUAUAAGGACUUUAUGUAUGGGUAUGAAUAUUCCAACCACAUGAAACUAGUUCAACCAGGUGAGCAACAACCUUUGAUUUAUUUACCACAUAAUCAUGUGUGUCGGUUGGAUAGUUCUUCUACAAAACUAAGAGUUGUUUUCGACGGAUCAAGUAAGAUGAAUGAUGGGUGUUCGCUUAACGAUCGAUUAUAUCGUGGUCAUAAAUUGCAAAAGAACAUUGUUGAUGUCAUCACACAUUUCAGAUUUCCAGCCCUUGUGUUUACCGCAAAUAUACGUCAAAUGUUCCGGCAAAUACAAGUUCACGGGGAAGAUCAGCAGUUUCAAGGUAUCGUAUGGAGAGAUGAUUCAUCGAAACCCAUACAGAGUUACAGACUUUCAACAGUCACAUAUGGAUUGAUCACCUCACCAUAUCAUGCCUUACGUGUCUUAAAACAAUUAGCACUGGAUGAGCAAAACAACUACCCAAUAGGAUCGAAGAUCUUAUUAAAUGACUUUUAUGUUGAUGAAGUCAUGACUGGUGGUGAUAAUCUAAGUGAAGUAUUACAUAAAAUUCAAGAACUUACAGCAUUAUUAAAUCAGGGAGGGUUUGAGCUACGCAAAUGGGCAAGCAACCACCGUGAAGCCUUACAACACAUACCCUCUGAACACCAAAUUAAAGAGAUUUCAUUCAAGGAAGAUAUAGAUUUCACAAUAAAAAUAUUGGGCAUCAAUUGGAACACAACGAAUAACACAUUCACAUUUAAGGCGGAACCAAUGAAAGUUAUCUCCCAUCUAACCAAAAGGGAACUAUUAUCUAAAAUUGCAAGAAACUUUGAUCCUUGUGGUUGGUUGGCCCCCUUAGUAGUUGUUGCUAAAUUAAUAAUGCAACAAUUGUGGCAAGAGCGCUUAGAGUGGGAUGACACUAUCCCCCAACAUUUAUUUAACGCUUGGAAAAUUCAUAGAACAUCAUUCAAAUUCUUAAACACAUUUAAAGUACCACGGCAUAUAAUGAAUUCAUCAGCGCACAGUACAUUUCUACUGCACGGUUUCGGUGAUAGCUCUGAAAAGGCCUAUGCCGCUGUAGUCUAUCUCGUCUCCACUCAAAAACAUUCGGCAUCCAUGUUGCUAACAGCAAAAACGCGAGUUGCACCAAUUAAGAAAAUGACCAUUCCAAGAUUGGAGUUAUGUGGUGCGCUGUUGCUUGCUGAGCUUACUAACGCCCUACUUAAAUCGACUAACAUAAACAUACAAUCAGUAAAUUUGUGGUUAGAUUCAAUUGUUACAUUACAUUGGAUUGGUAGUGAUCCAGCUAGGUGGCUGACGUUUGUCUCAAAUAGAGUAGGACAGAUCCAAACCUUGACGCCAUCAGCGGUUUGGCGAUACGUUCCUUCUGCAGAUAAUCCAGCAGAUGUGGCCUCAAGAGGCUCAAAUGGCCAAGAGCUUACUGCAAAUCAGUUAUGGUGGAAUGGUCCCAGAUGGCUUACUACCCCUGCAGAGUGGCCAGUAGCGGACAAUUAUGAAAAUUCUACAUUUAACAUUGAAGAAAGAACAGUGCAAUGCAGUAUGGCAAUAACAACCACAUCAGGCACUUCGUCAAGCUUACUACUGCUGAAUCGUCAUUCUAAUCUAGAACGGUUAUUGAGAAUUGUGUCUUAUAUUAUUCAAUUUUGCAGGAACUGUAGACCUAAGGCCAACCCGACUGCUGGAAGCUGUGCUGUGAGUGAAAGGCGCCAAGCAAUGGAGUACUGGAUACGUGCAGUGCAAGGAGCAGAAUUUAUCAUGGAACUAACCUCCUUGAGUCGACAACAGAAUAUAAGGACCAAUUGUCAACUUGCUGGUUUAAAUCCCUUUAUAGAUGAAAAAGGAAUAUUAAGAAUUGGCGGUCGUCUCAAACAUUCAGAAUUGGGUUAUAACAUGAAACAUCCUAUUAUUAUACCUAAAAAUCACUCCUUUGCUACAAUGAUCAUCAACCAAGUGCUCCUACACAACUUACAUUCAAGCUUGUCGGUUACUAUGACCCUUCUUAGACAAAGAUAUUGA